ACCGUCUCUAGAUCUGGCACUCUUCGCACCCGUAGCUGAGUCGGCGAUACGAACCAACCAAACAUAAUGGCAGUCGGAAAGAAAGUCUGCAUCAUUGGCUCUGGUAACUGGGGGUCUGCCAUCGCUAAGAUAGUAGGUGCCAAUGCAGCCAAGUAUGACCAGUUUGACACGACGGUGAACAUGUGGGUUUUUGAGGAGAUGAUCGAGGGCAGGAAACUCACCGAAAUCAUCAACAUUGACCAUGAAAAUGUUAAAUAUUUGCCCGGUCACAAGCUUCCCCCAAAUGUGGUGGCAGUCCCAGACUUGGCAGAGGCAGCGAAGGGAGCGGACAUCCUGAUCUUCGUGGUACCCCACCAGUUCAUUGUCCGAGUGUGCGACACCAUCAAGGACCAUAUCAAAAAGGAGGCCGUUGGCAUGUCUCUCAUCAAGGGUGUAGAUGAGGGCCCAGAGGGACUGAGGCUGAUCUCUGAGGUGAUCAAAGGAAAGCUGGGCAUCACAAUGACCGUCCUUAUGGGAGCAAACAUAGCCAAUGAGGUCGCUGAGGAGAAGUUCUGUGAAACCACCAUUGGUUGCAAGGACAAAGUGAAUGGACCCAUUCUGAAGGAGCUGAUGCAGACCACUAACUUCCGUGUGACUGUGGUGGCGGAGGCGGACGUAGUGGAGAUCUGUGGGGCACUCAAGAACAUCGUGGCGGUGGGCGCAGGCUUCUGCGACGGCCUGGGUUUCGGAGACAACACCAAGGCUGCAGUCAUCCGACUGGGGUUGAUGGAGAUGAUCGCCUUCGCCAAGGUGUUCUGCACUGACGGGCCCGUCAGCCCCACCACCUUCCUGGAGAGCUGCGGCGUGGCCGAUCUCAUCACCACCUGCUACGGCGGACGCAACCGCAAGAUCGCCGAGGCCUUCGCCAAAACAGGAAAGACCAUCGAGGAGCUGGAGAUUGAGAUGCUGAACGGACAGAAGCUUCAGGGACCGGCAACUGCAGGAGAGGUCAACCGUAUCCUGAAAUCCAAAAACAUGGUUGACAAGUUCCCUCUGUUCAAUGCGGUUUACCAGAUUUGCUUUAACGGACACCCGGUCACAGAUUUCAUCAGCUGCUUGCAGAACCACCCAGAGCACAAGUAAAAGAACCAACCAACCACCGUAGGACACUUGAAGUUGUAGGCUGAAGCUAGCCAAGGUGACUACACAACGAAAACGGUUGUUGAAGUAUGGAAGUGACCUACCGCGGCUUUAACCCAUAAGACAUUACCCCUAGGCUUUGUUUAAUUUCAGUAUAACUGUGUUACAACCAGAUGUUACUGAAACAACCGUUACAACUUGGUAUGAUAUUUAUGGUAUUAGUAAUUAACAUUGUGACUUGAAUAAAUGUGACCUUCAUUUCAACGUAACUGUAACUUAAGUGCCUUAGCAUUGCCAAUUGACAAAUAUGUACACUUUGUUUUUACACCCAUCUCUGAUGCAAGUGACAUCAGUUUCUUAACCACAGUGCCGCAGCUAUGUCCGGUGUUUUUUAAGGAAUCGUAUAACAUAUGCAACAAUUUGUACUGAGCUUAAUAAAGUACUUGAAGACAACAUGUGUGUAGUUAUUUUA